GGGCGAUGAGAGGAGAGGUAGAGGUGGUCUUGCAGACUCACCCAGCACAAUACAGUAUGUCCUCGAUCUGCAGAGAAGGGAGAAGUGGGAAGGAGAGAGUAAUCGUAGCUGGGAGAGACGUGGAAAAGAGCACGUGACACAUGGACAAGAACAUGUAUGAAUAGCGCGAACAGCAAGGAGCAUUUGAGAACAGCAACUGCGUUUGAGAGCAUACUCACACGUGGACUUUGGUGGAUGUAUCUGACCGCUGUUAUGGCCAGUUUUGGACGUAUCUGACCGGAACUACGUCCAGAGGUCAGGGAAAAAGUGCUAAUUUGAUUACAGUCUGAGGGAGUAUGGAUAAGUAGGUGAUCAAGGGUGUAGAUUGGGCGAAAAGCGGCAGGAGGGGAACGACCGGUCGCAGCUGCAAGUGAAGGACCUUGGGUAGCCGCCAAGGAAACAGAAGUGGAAGCAGAGGCAACGCCAGAGGGGGGAGAGGGGGAAGGAAGAGGAAGGGUAGGAGGAGGAAGGGGAGGAGGAAGGGGAGGAGGAGGAGGAGGAGGAGGAGGAAGAGGUCGAUUCGGAAGGAAUAACACACAGGCGCAGUGGCAGAGGCGCAACAGAGCGGAAGGAGGAGGUGUCAGACUGGGAGAAAGAGGAGGAGGUGCCAGACUGGGAGAAAGAGGAGGAGGAAAGCAGGGAAGCAGCCGCAGCAGCAACAGGAGGAGAAGCAGGGAGAAAAAGGAGGAGAGGUGGGAGAGGGAGUAGUCGUAGUAGUAGGAGGAGGCGGUGAAGGGCGAGGAGGAGGGAUUGCACGAGCAGCAGAUAGUUAAGCUGCAGCAGAGGGAGAGGAGCAGCAAGGAGGAGAGGGCACAACAGGAGGAGGAGAGGGAGCAAGAGGAGGAGGAGGAGAGGAAGCAGGGGUAGGAGCAGGAGGAAAAGCGGAGAGAGAGAGAGAGAGAGAGAGAGAGAGAGAGAGAGAGAGAGAGAGAGAGAGAGAGAGAGAGAGAGAGAGAGAGGAGGCGAAAAUGGGGGAUCCUGUGAAGAAGCUAGAGUAUUUGUCAUUGGUAUCGAAGAUAUGCAGAGAGUUGGAAACCCAUGUGGGAUUUGCAGAUAAGUCCUUGGCAGAAUUCGUUAUUGAUUUGGCGGCGAAGAGUGAGUCGGUAGAGAGUCUGUCGAGCUCUUUGGCGGCUAAUGGUGCAGAAUGGCCCGAGUACUUUUGCAAAACGUUGUUGACGAUCGUUCAAGCAGUUCGUCCGCCGACGAAAGGUGGAGGGGAGAAAGGGGGAGGAGGAGGUAAAGGGGGAUCGAAAAACGCGUUUCCAGGACUGGCGGUGCCGAAUAACAGAGAGAGGAUCAAGGAGAUGGAGAGAGCGCUAGACAGAGGCACAGGGGGAGGCGCCGGAAGGGCGGAGAAUGGCGGCGGCGGCGGCGGCGCGGCGGCGGGGGUUCUCUCGCCGAAGGCGGGUGGAGGAGCUGCUGCUGGGAGUGGAGAGAAAGGGGACGUCAGGGGAGAGAGGGCGGGAGCGGCGGCGGCUGCGGGGGAGAGGUCGUCGUCGAGAUCCUCCGGACGAUGGGACCAGGACUACAAAGAGGUCCGCGAUCGGGAUCGCGAUCGCGGGAACAGCAGCAGCAGGGAUUAUCGCGAUCGCGAUCGGGAUCGAGACCGUGAUCGGGACCGUGAGCGCGAUCGCGAUCGUGAUCGCGAUAGGGAUAGGAGAAGAGGAGGAGGAGGAGGAGGAGGAGGGUGGGACAGGGAAGACCGGAGGAGUCGCUCGCCGCCUCCACAUGCUCAUCAUCAUCAUCAUAAUCAUAAUCAAUCGUGGUCAUCAUCGCUGCCACCACCUCCGCCCCUUCCGAUGCCGCCGCCGCCGCCGCCGCCGCCGCCAUCGUCGUCUUCCUCGCAGCCCACCGAGCCUGAGCUGUUCAGCGUUUAUCGGGGUAGGGUUACCCGCAUUAUGGAUUUUGGCUGUUUCGUUCAGCUGGAGGGGUUUAGGGACAGAAAGGAGGGCCUUGUCCACGUGUCACAGAUCGCCUCUCGGCGGGUAAUCAAUGCGAAAGACGCGGUCGAGAGAGACCAAGGGGUAUGGGUGAAGGUGGUAUCCUUAGCCGGCGCGAAGAUGUCUUUGAGUAUGGUGAAUGUGGACCAAAGGACGGGUGAAGACUUGUUACCGUUGAAGAAACCCCCCUCAGCAGCCGGCGGCAUGUCCUCCUCCGCCGCCACCAUCGCCGCCAACGAAGACUACGAAUCUAGAUCUAAUCCCAGCCGACCGACGUCUUCAAUCCUAGGGUUAUCUGGCAUCAAAGUGACGGAGGAAGAUGAGUCGUCGUCGAGAAGGCCGUUGAAGAGAAUGUCAUCCCCUGAGAAAUGGGAGGCCAAGCAAUUAAUGGCCUCAGGGGUGUUGGAUGUGACCGAUUUCCCCGAUUACGACGAAGAAGGGGGGGGGUUGUUGUACCAGGACGAGGGGGCGGAGGAGGAUCUCGAGAUUGAGCUCAACGAGGAUGAACCCGCCUUUCUGAGGGGUCAGACCAGAUACAGUAUCGAUGUCUCGCCGGUGAAGAUCGUGAAGAAUCCCGACGGCUCUCUGCAGAGAGCGGCGAUGACUCAGUCUGCCCUAGCGAAGGAGAGAAGAGAGCUCAGGGAGCAGCAACAGCGCACCAUGUUAGAUAGCAUUCCCAAGGAUUUGAACAGGCCUUGGGAGGACCCAAUGCCAGAGACAGGAGAGAGGCAUCUGGCACAGGAGUUGAGGGGGGUGGGACUUAGCGCGUACGAUCUGCCGGAGUGGAAGAAGGACGCCUUCGGUAAAGCACCUACCUUUGGUCAACGGUCAAAGCUGUCGAUCCAAGAGCAGAGACAGAGCCUGCCAAUCUACAAGCUGAAGCGCGAGCUGGUCCACGCAGUAAACGACAACCAAGUGCUGGUGGUGAUCGGAGAGACGGGAUCGGGGAAGACGACGCAGAUGACGCAGUAUCUCGCGGAGUCGGGAUACACGACCAGGGGGAAGAUAGCAUGCACGCAGCCGAGGAGAGUGGCGGCGAUGUCCGUCGCCAAGCGAGUGGCAGAGGAGUUUGGAUGUAGAUUGGGAGAGGAGGUCGGUUAUGCCAUUCGAUUCGAAGAUUGCACAGGGCCAGAGACGGUGAUCAAGUACAUGACCGACGGCAUGUUGUUGAGGGAGAUUUUGGUCGAUGAGGAUCUCUCUUCUUAUUCCGUGAUUAUGUUGGACGAGGCUCACGAGCGCACCAUCCACACCGACGUCCUGUUCGGUCUUCUCAAAGGGGUAAUCAGGAGAAGAGCGGAGCUGAAGCUCAUCGUCACGUCGGCUACCUUAGACGCGGAGAAGUUUUCUGGAUACUUCUUCAACUGUCCCAUCUUCACGAUCCCUGGGCGCACGUUUCCGGUCGAAAUCCUCUACACUAAACAGCCCGAGUCCGACUACUUAGACGCGGCACUAAUUACAGUCAUGCAGAUUCAUCUGACGGAGCCAGAGGGAGACGUACUGCUUUUCCUAACGGGCCAAGAAGAGAUCGACACGGCUUGCCAGAUCUUGUACGAGCGAAUGAAGGGCUUGGGACCCAACGUGCCCGAACUUAUCAUUCUCCCAGUCUACUCUGCUCUGCCCAGCGAGAUGCAGACUCGCAUAUUUGAGCCCGCGCCGAUGGGAACGCGCAAAGUAGUGGUGGCCACGAACAUCGCCGAAGCUUCGCUGACAAUCGACGGAAUCUUUUAUGUGAUCGACCCGGGAUUCGCCAAGCAGAAGGUAUUUAACCCGAAGCUAGGACUAGAUUCGUUGGUGAUCAGUCCGAUUUCCCAAGCGUCGGCGAGACAGAGAGCGGGCCGAGCAGGUCGAACUGGGCCCGGCAAAUGCUACAGGCUGUACACGGAGAGCGCCUUCAGGAACGAGAUGCUCCCCACAAGCGUGCCAGAAAUCCAAAGAACCAAUCUUGGCAUGACUACGCUGAUGCUCAAGGCCAUGGGCAUCAACGAUCUGCUGUCCUUCGAUUUCAUGGACCCCCCCCCCCCCCAGGCUUUGAUCUCUGCCAUGGAACAGCUUUAUAACCUUGGUGCCCUCGAUGAAGAGGGGCUACUUACCAAAUUGGGUCGCAAGAUGGCGGAAUUCCCACUAGAACCCCCCCUUUCCAAGAUGCUAAUUGCCAGCGUGGAUCUGGGAUGCUCAGACGAGAUCCUGACCAUCAUUGCCAUGCUGAGUGCGCAGAACAUCUUCUAUCGCCCGAGAGAGAAACAAGCCCAGGCUGAUCAGAAGCGCGCCAAGUUCUUUCAGCCUGAGGGGGACCACCUCACCCUGCUUGCUGUCUACGAGGCCUGGAAAUCGAAAAACUUCAGCGCUCCGUGGUGCUUCGAGAAUUUUGUCCAGUCCCGAUCCCUACGCCGGGCUCAGGAUGUACGCAAACAGCUGCUCACGAUUAUGGAUAAGUAUAAAUUGGACGUCGUGAGCGCGGGAAAGAACUUCAACAGGAUAAGGAAGGCGAUCUGCAGUGGUUUCUUCUUCCACGCAGCUCGAAAAGACCCGCAAGAAGGAUAUCGAACCCUCGUCGAGAACCAGCCUGUCUACAUCCACCCUUCCAGUGCUUUGUUCCAAAGACAACCAGAUUGGGUGCUCUACCACGAGCUGGUCAUGACGACCAAGGAGUACAUGAGAGAGGUGUGUGCCAUCGAUCCCAAAUGGUUGGUGGAACUGGCACCCAGGUUCUUCAAGGUGGCCGAUCCGACGAAACUCAGCAAGAGGAAGAGGCAGGAGAGGCUAGAGCCGUUAGGUAUGGAGGAGGCGGAGAAGAAGGAGGAGAAGGAGGAGGAGGAGGAGGAGGAGGAGGAGGAGGAGGAGGAGGUUGAAGAGGAAGGUGGAGACAGAGAGAGAGGAGGAGGAGGAGGAGGAGGAGGAGGAGGAGGAGGAGGAGGUGGUGGUGAUGGGUGGCGUCUUCUGUAGCUUUGUGUAUUUGGAUUCUUUGACUCGAGCGGAAUGGAGACGGAUUGAGCAGCUGCUGCAUUCCUGGCCAAGAACAGCGGAGUGAAUAAGGAUGUACCUGGACAUAAUUAGACUCAGGGUUCAUUCAGUCUUCAAUUCAACCUGUCUGGGAGUGUUGUUCAGUCCUGCGAAGACUCACUGAAGGUGUUGAUCUGGUUGUGCCAGAAGCGGUAAUGGCGGCUUUUUUGAGCUACUGCCUGGUUGGCUAGUUUCUCCUCUGUCUGCAUCCCUGCAGGAUGCCAGCGUGACGAUGACGGUUCUUUGGGCAGAUCAUCGGUUAACGUGCUCUCUACUCGAAUUCGGGCUUCUUCUCAAGAAGGUACUAACGUGCUCUCUACUCCAGUCCGGGCUUUUCUCAAGAAGUAUCCAAUUUACGAUUAACAGCAUAGUUGCUUUUCUCAAGAAGGCUUAUCAGUCGAUUAACAGAAUCGUUGAUAGACUCAGACGCUGAACGAUUCUGUUAAUCGACUGAUAAGCAGAAAUAAAGACGAAGGUUUUGAGAUCUUGACCACGGUGGUGACUUGCGUAGCGUGUUUGGUACAAGUCUUUCGGUGAUCAAGAGGAAUCUGACCGCAACCCGGAAGU